UGCUUAUGACCUUAUUCUGUGUAAAUCAUAUACGGAGUCACUUCUGUUCAUUUGUAAUGAAAAACUAUUGCUGUUAUUUUCUAUCAUGAGUUAACUGUGUGGUCUUUUUAAAAUUUUAUAUAUUUGAUCUCACUUUGAAAGAUACCGCAGGAGACAUUUUCUUUCUCUUUAUCUUUCUGUCUUCCAAGACUCCAGGAAAAACAGCUUCCACAGCACAUUUUGUUCAGGGCACAACUAGAAUGAGUGCUGCAGAAGGUUCUACGGAGCAUGCAGAGUGUGAUCAAUCAUCAAGCAGAAAGAACUUCACAAAUUCUCUUGAACAAAAGAUAAGGUGCUUGGAAAAACAGAGAAAAGAGCUCUUGGAAGUUAACCAGCAAUGGGAUCAGCAAUUUAGAAGUAUGAAAGAGUUAUAUGAAAGAAAGGUCGCCGAGCUGAAAACGAAACUGGACGCCGCAGAAAGAUUCCUCAGCACGCAGGAGAAGGAGCGGCAGCAGAGUCGGAGAGAGAGCGACAGGCUGCGCGACCUGACCCGCGAGCAGCUGCAGCGCCAGGAGAAGGAAAAGGAGAGCCUAAAUGAAGAAUUACAUGAAUUGAAGAAAGAAAAUAAGUAUUUGAAGGAAAAAAAUGCUCUUGUGAACAAGAAGAAGGAACGUUAUGAAUGUGAAAUAAAACGCCUCAAUAAGGCUCUUCAAGAUGCCUUGAAAAUCGAGUGUUCUUCAUUUCCUGAGGACCGUUUGGGAGAGUCUGAAAUGGAGUGCAGGCAUGAAGAGAUGCAAACAGAAAUGGAAGUUCUCAAACAGCAGGUGCAAAUAUACGAAGAAGACUUCAAAAAGGAGCGAUCAGACCGAGAAAGACUUAAUCAAGAGAAAGAGGAGCUACAGCAAAUUAAUCAAACUUCUCAGUCACAGUUGAACAGGCUGAAUUCUCAGAUAAAAGCUUGUCAGCUGGAGAAAGAAAAACUCGAAAAGCAAUUAAAACAGAGGUUGUUCCCGAUGUGUAACUGUGGCUUGAAUUCCCACCUGCGGAAUCUACGUGCGCCAGCAGGCCCAGGGGCUGCACAGGAUCAACAGAAGCUCCCACCAGACUAUCAGUGGUAUGCUCCUGACCAGUUUCCGCCAGAUGUGCAGCACAAGGCGAAUGGUUUCUCCUCAGAAAAGAAAGCCCAUCAGUAGAAACGCACACAAGUGGAGGAGCAUACCGGCCAAAGGGAGAGCUUGGCUGAGGGCCCUCAUUUUUCUUUUUACUGGUGGCUUGUGUCGGCACAACUGCACAUCAUCUACUCCAUGAUUUGUGUGCGGUAGUGUUUCCCUUUGGCACGGAGAGAGGAAAAGACUUGGGACAGCUGAGAUCCCGAUCAAGUUUGAGAAGCCAGCAUUACACAACCCAACGCAACGUCCAGUUUCCUCGAAAUGAGAUGUGGCAGAUGGAUUAUGUGCCAUUCUUUGAAACUCUCUUCAGCAUAUUGCUGCUGGAUUUACAGAGACUGAUUUCAUGAUUUCAGCAACUCCACUUUUGGUACAGCGAUGCUCUCUGUUGAUUGAAAUAUAUAUUCCCUGGGGGAAAAGUUUCUGCAGUUGUAAAUUUGUAACACUGCUCCUAUUGUUUCUGUAGGGCUUGGUUCUUUAGCCAGUUUGACUAGAUACUGUGUUCGUCAUUGUUGACCUUGGUGAACCUGGGAAUAGGACUGAAGACCUGUAUAGAUGUCCUUAAACUAAAUGAAUGGUUCAAUCUGAAUAAAACGGUAACCUCAAAA